GGUUGUUUGUUUUGGUAUUUUUGUUUAGUUUUUUACAUUGAUCCUUUGAAUAUCAUACGUAGUUUUGAGAGUUGUCUUUUGAGCCAUUUGCUCAGAGUCCUGUAUUAUUGUAUAUUGAAACUGUGGUAUACUUGUUUUUUACAGCUAACGCUCUGCAAGUUCUGUUACAAAUUUCUACAGACAAAAGCUGUGUACCUCGUUUUACUGGUUUUGCCUUCCCAAGAUUUGCUACCAUCCUGUUAUUUUUGUGAUCUCUUAAGCUAUUUUGUAGUGACAGUAGUUACCAGUUUUUAUAUCCAGAGGUCUGGUGUAAAAAGAGUGAUUGUUAAUACUUUUGGGAAACAGCCUGUAUGAUUAGACAAAACCCUGAGAGCGUCUUCUGUGAGUGUUUGCACUGCAAAAUAGAGUUUCAGUUUUAUGUCAGAUUCUUUGAGAUUUGUCUUAAUAGCGAGCUAAAUUGGAAAAACCAAAGAAUGGAUUGCAUUGUAGCAUAAUGCAGAAAGAACAGCUGCCUCGGUGGCCAAAUAAUUGGUUAAAUUCUUCCAAGCUUUUAACAACUUUUUAACGUUUAUUUCAUAAUCUGAAAGAAGAGUAGCAUUUGGAAUAAUGGCAACAGGAGACCUAAAUGGAAGUUUAAGAAAAAUAGAACAAGGACUUCGCUUGUUAAGUUAUCCAAGAGAUGUGGAUUAUACAGUGUUAGUAAAGGGUGAUCCAGCUGCAUUUUUGCCUAUCAUCAGCUAUUGUUUCACAUCUUUUUCAACUUGCAUAGCAGAGCUUUUGGUAAAGUGUGGCGUGGAGCUGACAGCCAAGAGUGACUUGCGUUUUAUUGAAGCUGUUUAUAAGUUUCUUCGAGAUCAAUUUCAGUAUAAACCAAUUUUAACAAAAGAGCAGUUUCUUCAGUUUGGCUUUGCAGAAAGAAAAAUGCAAAUUGUUUGUGACAUUAUCAACUGUGUGGUGAAGAAACAUAAGGAGUUGAGUAACUCUAGUAAGGUUAAAUCCCAAACAAGGAAAAAAAUCAGACCUGUUAAAUUUGAAGUAUGGUCAAAUUGUGGUAAAGGUCUUGCUGAUCCAAGUGGCAGUGCUCUGAAUUCCAAACAGAAGCCUCUAGUGGAAAGGCACUCAGGAAAUGAAGUUAGUGGUGACCUUCAUCCACUACCCCUUCCAGCACAGGAAGGGAACCAAGAAGAAUUAUGCCUAGAUCAUGAUAUCGUGGAAGUUAAAUGUGAACAAGCCAUAGAAGAAAAUUCACAAAUUGAGUUUUUAAAGAAUCAGCUUGCAGAUUUCCAGGAAAAGCUUCAGAAGCUAGAUUGGAUGGAAGAUAAGCUACAAGUUUUAGAAGAGAAACUGCAAGGAAAGGUGAUCAUAGAUGAGAAAGACUGGAAUAACUUACUGAAUCGAGUUUUGCUUCUUGAAACAGAACUGUUGUUACAAUCCCAAAAGAAAGACUUACCAAAAGAGUUCAGCAAUAUAAAUCAAGAAAGUACUUCUAGUACCAUUCCAGUAUCUCCUGAUACAGAGAGGAAUGAGGAGAUGCCAGAGAGUCAUCCUCAGUCGUCUGGAUGCAGUUCACUGUUAUCCACAGACCAGUCUCCCAAAGACAUGACCAUUAAUUCUCAUGAUCUGACAGACAUUUCAAAGGAGACAAUAAGACAACGAAUGGAAAAGAUAAGUAAAAUAAUUGAGGAAACCUUCAACUUGUUCAAAACACCAAGCCCAUCACUGGCAAUACCUGAAAGCACAGGUCUUCAGACCUGGUCUCUGGAGACUUGUGGAUACCAGAAAUAAUAUGUAUGUUUGUACAGCAUUAAAUUUUUAAUAUAUUGAAUUUGUAAUGAUCAGUGCUUUUAUUGCUUUGAAUAAAUAUUUUAUUCAUGCAUCUGUGUAUUGAUUUCCCUCCCCACACCCGUGAUUUUUGUUUUCAAAGACUGUUCAAAUAGCUUCUUCCCCCCUCCUUGCACUUUUGUGAAUUGAAGUCAUUACAGCAGUGUAUUCUUGUGUUGACAUUUGUUAGCAGUGUGCUAAGUAAUAUGUUUUUUAAAGUGUGGGCUUGAGGACCAUGGUUUACAUCCUGUUGGAAACAUUCCAGCUGGAACUUGCAUAUUGCACCCAAGAGGCAUCCUUACAUACCAUCUUACCAUCUGUACUGUUCAAUAAGUCUUAAUAAAAAACUUACAUACACAG